AUGCGUUUUGAUGGGGAGAACAUGUACAUGGGAAUGAACGAGAACGCCCAGGAGUUCCUAUCGGCAAAUCAGACGUAUAACAGUCAGAAUGAGAAUAACGAAGACUAUGAGAUCCCUCCCAUAACACCUCCUAAUCUCCCUGACCCUUCCCUCCUGCACUUGGUGGACCACGAAACUGGAUAUCACUCCCUGUGCCACAGUCUCCCUCCGAACAGCCUGAUCCCAGCAUACCCCUACCAGAACAUGGACCUGCCGGCCAUCAUGGUCUCCAACAUGUUGAGUCAGGACGGGCAUCUUCUCUCCAGCCAGCUACCCACGAUCCAGGAGAUGGUCCACUCGGACGCCACGUCCUAUGAGUCCAACCGUCAAGUGCCCCUGCUCAAUCGCCCCGGGAUGUUAGCCGGCCCCAUGAGCGCUCUCAGUCAGUCACAGCUGAUUUCACAGAUGGGGAUGCGGAGCGGUGUCACCCACGGUUCCCCAUCGCCCCCGGGAAGUAAGUCGGCUACACCAUCUCCCUCCAGUUCUACUCAGGAAGAGGAGACAGAGUCACACUAUAAGGUUACUGGAGAGAAAAGACCAUCAACAGACCUGGGCAAAAAGCCCAAAAGCCAGAAGAAGAAGAAAAAGAAGGAUCCCAAUGAGCCCCAGAAGCCCGUGUCAGCCUACGCCCUGUUUUUCAGAGACACGCAAGCAGCCAUCAAAGGGCAAAACCCCAACGCCACCUUCGGAGACGUAUCGAAAAUCGUCGCGUCAAUGUGGGACAGUUUGGGAGAAGAACAAAAACAGGCGUACAAGAGGAAAACAGAAGCCGCGAAGAAGGAGUACCUGAAAGCCCUGGCAGCGUACCGGGCCAGCCUCGUCUCCAAGAGCUCCGCUGACCAGGGGGAGACGAAAAGCGCCCAAAGCAAUCCACCUUCCAAAAUGAUCCCCCCCAAGCAGCCCAUGUACCCGAUGCCGCCGCAGGCUUCCUCGCCCUACCCCGGCCUGGGCUCCUUCCUCUCCCCAUCGGACCUGCAGAACUACCGCGGCCACCCCGGCCUCUCCCGGACCCUCACCUCCAAACCCAUGCUGCCCAGCAUCAGUGCCUCCCCACCGCCCUCCUUCCAGAUCAGCCCUCCCCUCCACCAGCAGCUCUCCUUGCACCACCCGCAGAGCUCCCUCCUCAGCCAGCCCCUCAGCAUGCAGCAGGUCCCCCAGCAGCCCCUCCUGUCCCCCCCCAUGGCACUACAGGUACAGCCCCCCAUGAACGCCUCGCCUCCCGGGCAGCAGGACUUCUCACAUAUUUCAUCUGAGUUUCAAAACAGCGUUGGACCCCGUUCGCCUGGUGCAUCAAACCCGCCAGGAAGCACCGAGUGGGACAACGACUACCCCAGCAGAGAGUGUGGGAUUAACCACUGCAGCAUGCUGCCAAGGGACAAGGCACUCUACCUCACCUAAAACUCAACAUCUCGGUUUUGAGGAGGCUCAGAUGAAGGACACUGGAGAGGGUCUAUCUUACAGAGUACCCGGAGAGGCACCGAGCAAGUCGUACGGACGAGAGAGCUACCACUGCACCUCGUCGCUGGCUUCGUUCCCAGGCUCUAAGAGCAGUUUUCUUUUUAUUAUUUUUGAACUCUAAAGUCUACUUUCCGUGGAAGCCCAAAACCUCAUAAAUCAUGAAGAACAACAGCAACAAAAAAAAAAAUUAAAAAAAAAAAAAUCAAAUAAAUAAACGCAAAACCAACAAAAAAAAAUAACCUAAGGAGAUCGUUUUUCUGCUUGCCAUCAGCUUAGCUACAGACUAUUUUCCUAGCGAACUGCUUUUAGACGCAGCAUAGGCCCAGGUCUGGUGUCCUACAGCGUUAGGCCAGCUCAGUAGGAGGAUGCACUCUUUUGACUUGCUAACAGCACUAAACUUUGUGCAAGAAAAUGUGAAGUUUGUGUGAAUAUUGUACAUGCAAAGGCCUUGGAUGUCUGGC